AUUUGCUGAGAUCAAAAAUAAUAAUAAAAAAAUAAAAAUUAAGGAACUUCAAAGUUCAAAGAAAAAACACAAGAACCCUAGUCAAUUUUCUGGCCUUGAUUGAAUCGAUUCGAUCUAUGUUCCGGAUCUCUUCUGCGCAAAUCGUGUCCUCAUAGAUAUUGUUGCGUUGGACUCCGAGCGUAAUGCAUGGUUGGACAUUGGGAGCUAAAGAGCAUGAAAAUUAGGGUUUCUGUGAAGUCCUGAAGAUGCUGACGGAAUCACAGGUUUCCUUGGAGUCUGAGGUACAACCUCAGCAAGAUAACAUUUCUAUGGUUCCGGAUGGAGAUCCUGGUGUGACACCAUCAGCCAGAACUAAUGUUUCACCACAGCAGCAGCCACCUGCCAAAAAACCAACGCGGCAAUGGGCAGCUUGGACGCAUCAAGAGGAGGAAAGUUUCUUCACUGCACUCCGGCAAGCUGGCAAGAAUUUCGAGAAGAUCACUUGUCGUGUCCAAAGCAAAAACAAAGAUCAGGUCAGACAUUACUACUAUCGUCUUGUGAGGCGUAUGAACAAGCUGCUCGGUCCAGGGCUGUGUUUGGAUGCCAAAAACUCAAAGGAUACCAACGCAGCAAUGCUUCGAUGGUGGUCUUUAUUGGAAAAAUAUAGCUGCAAGGCCUCGAAACUUCACCUGAAGCCCCGGCGUUUUAAGAUAUUUAUAGAAGCCUUGGAGCACCAACUCUUGAAAGACCAAAAGAAAAAUGUGAGAAAACGACGUCCCUUCGAGGAAAACUGUUCUCUCAUUACUUCAACAUCUGUCAGAAGCCAGAGUAGAACAUCAGCACAGGAUAGCCGCACUGUUAAACUGCUUCUUGUGGACAGUCAAAAUAUUCAAAAAUUAGGAUCUGGAAAGGGACUAGUGAAGCGCAACGCUAAUUCAGGUGGUAAUCGUUGUGGCCACAGAGGAGACACUACUGCCAUAAAACCACCUAACAGCAGGCAGAGACGGAAACAAGGAGGUGUCGUCUCAUCCGCAGCAUAUAAAAAAUGGGAAAAGGCUGCAAUUGCUGGUGUUUCUUUGGUUGCUCAUGCUGCAGAGCAUUUGGAGCGAACAAGGAUGGAUAAAGAGGUGGAACAUGAGCGGUGUAUGCCAGUUGAAAAUGGCCUUGACCCAGUGGGAGAAGUACCAUACACAGUAGCUGUUUCACAAAAUCCUUUAGUCGGGGGCAAUGCUCUCAAUUCUAUGAAACUUAAGCUCCAGUUGUUUCCUGUUGAUGAUGGUGUUCGGAGAGCGUUGGAAAUGGAUAAACAUAAUCCACACCUGGAGCUCACUCUUAGUACCCGGAAAAAGAUAUCAUCGGUAUUGGAACACCUGAACCGCAAAUGGGGUAAUUCAAGUGCAGCAUCUGGAGACCUAAUGCUUUUCCCUUACAGUGCUCAGAGGGAAAAUCUUGUGGGUUGUCAGAGAUGGACUCAGGAUUCCACCGUCAGUGCAGCAGAUGUAUAUGCAAUGAUAGGAAGUCCUCCAGUUUUUCGCUUGAGGUAUGGUUGGUUUUCCAACUCUCAAUUUGGGUCGGCAACGUCACAACCACCGUUAAGAUCCUGGUGCAUUCCUUGCAGUCAUCAUAUUAGUGUUGAAAAUAUGGAGGGGCAAACUGAGGGUUCAGUUCCCACAGCUGGGCCAUCAAACAAUGAUCAGUCUGAGACACUUGUGGAUCCAUUCAGGGAUCAACUAGUUACAACAGAUGAUAACCAUGCUUGUGCACCGCCUUCUACAGAUGAUGCCCAUGAAAUGCAUAGGUACUUGAAUGCAGGUUCCAGAAAUAAUCUUGUGGAGUCCUUUGAUUCUUCAGCAAAUAUAUCAUUGCAUAGAAAGGACACUGGUGACAGGACUAACCCGAGACAAUCGGAAGAUGCGUAUGAUCUGGCGUUGAACAAUGGUGCGGGUCAAUCAGCUGGAGAGUGGGCAGACAGUCUUACUAAUAUAAGUGUUGGAGAUCUACUUUCAGAAUUGCCUCAGGACAUGGAUGCUGAAUGCGUUGAACCUCCUGUUGGUCAAUGCUUUCUGCAAACCCCAUUCAGCUGUGAUUCGUUUGAUGCUGCUAUUGCUGCUCAUAUGUCCAGACAUCAGAACAAGAUGGUCUUUGCAUCCAUGGAAGCAUCUUCUAUUUGGGAUGCUGAACAAACAUGUGAUGCCUUCUCAUUUCAAAAGAAUCACGUUCUUUGUCAGGAUGUUCCUACAACAACAGAUUUUACUUCAUCGGGGCUCUGCAAACAGGUUGCAAUAACAAGCUCAGCGGCUUCUGGUGACUUGGUUGAGGAGUUACCUGAAGCCGAGCACCCUAUGGACUGUCCUUGUGACCCUAUGGAGGAAUGUACCCCUGAUGCACAUGAUGUUUACAAUCCGGCAAAAGAUUUCACUGGUCUAACAGAUAUUUAUUGGCCUGAAUCUUUAGGAUCGUUAGAUCUGGACAUUCGUCCCUCAAAGUAUGAUAACGAAGACCUAAUUUUAAGUGACAGCCUUGGUGGUUUGAACCGUCUGAUAGCCAGCAGUUUGGACACAUUUCAGAAUUGCUCAUUUUUCGGUUUGGACAAGAAAGAAGCUCCAUCAACAGUUGAAACUCAUGAAACUGCCUCCUUUAUCAAUUUUAAAGUUGGCAGUGGGGCUUGAAGUUGUAGUGACUUGUUCCUCGGUGAUAACAUGCUUAGAGAGCUAGAGGAGUUGUCUGAAUAUAGAGAAGACUAAUUACUUUCCGGUUCAGCUGACAAAAGGUGUGUGUGCUCAUGGAUCUGAUACAAGCCAACAAGAGAACCCGGUGGCGUGGAGAAUGUUCCAUGUAUCAUAGCAUCACCCCUGCAUGUACAAAUAUCGAAAGUGUAAACAUUGCACAGUUUUCUGUUGUCGUCCAACUUUUUUCUGUAGUUUGUUCUGUACAUUGUUUUCCAAAGAAGUUAUGUACUUACUGUGUAUUCACAAAAGAAAAACUAACUUAAUUUUCUUUUGACUA